CUUUAAGCGAAGCUGCGCUUCCUGGUUCUCUGCAAAUGGACAAUUUAAGUUGUUUUUGAACCUGCGCUACGGUGGGAAAGUGGCUUCACUUAACUCGGGAUUACAAUGUCACCCAGAAGCGGCUGUAGCCUGACUCUGCUCCUCGUACUGGGUCUCUUUGUGACCGCCUCCUGUAAGUUCCCCUCCCUGGACCACAUCAAACCGAAAGCCAGCAACAAGGUGCAGGGGAGAGCUGUGGUGGGGCUACUGAAGCGUCUCCUCGGGAACAGGUCCACAGAGUUCAUCGUGUCAGUCAACAAGAGCCUUUCCAAUGACAGUCUGGAUUUGUGUGAGCUUAGAUCCACCAAAAACAACAAGAUAGUCGCCACGGGGAGCUCAGGAGUGGCUGUGGCGUCCGGGAUUUACAAUUAUCUGAAGUAUUUCUGCAACUGCCAUGUUUCAUGGUCCGGGGACCAGCUGGACCUGCCCCGUCCCCUGCCAAGGCUCACCGGAGUCCUGCGGAUCAACACCCAGCACAGAUUUCGGUAUUACCAGAACGUCUGCACCUUUAGCUACUCCACUGUGUGGUGGGACUGGCCAAGAUGGGAGAGAGAGAUCGACUGGAUGGCCCUCAAUGGAAUCAAUCUACCGCUGGCUUUCACUGGCCAAGAGGCCCUGUGGCAGGAGGUUUACCGGGCUCUCGGGCUGAACCAGUCGGAGAUCGAGGAGUUCUUCUCCGGCCCGGCCUUCCUCGCCUGGAACCGUAUGGGCAACAUGUUCAAGUUUGGUGGACCCCUGCCACAGUCCUGGCACAUAAACCAACUCUACCUCCAAUAUAAAAUCCUGGAGCGUACGAGAUCCUUCGGCAUGAUUCCUGUGCUGCCAGCCUUCUCUGGAAACAUUCCCAAGGGAAUCCUCAGGUUGCAUCCAGAAGCCAACGUAACCAGAUUGGGGCCUUGGUCUCAUUUCAACUGCAGCUUCUCCUGCUCCUACAUCUUAGACCCUCGGGACCCUCUUUUCCUCCGGAUCGGUUCCCUCUUUCUGUCCCAGGUGGUGAAACAGUUCGGCACAGAUCACAUCUACAACACGGACACCUUCAAUGAGAUGACUCCCCCGUCCUCUGACUUGGCCUACCUGUCAGCAGCCAGCCGCUCCGUCUUUGCCUCCAUGACGGCAGUUGAUCCUCAGGCAAUUUGGCUGAUGCAAGGCUGGCUGUUCUUCAGUGAUGCAGUGUUCUGGAAGCCGGCCCGGAUUCAGGCCCUGUUACACGGGGUGCCCCUUGGGAGAAUGAUCGUGCUGGACCUGUUUGCAGAGACAGAGCCAAUUUUCUCCUACACUGAGUCCUUCUAUGGGCAGCCCUUCAUCUGGUGCAUGUUACAAAACUUUGGGGGCAACAGUGGGUUCUUUGGCACGGUGGAGAGCAUCAAUUCAGGACCCUUCAAAGCCUUACAUUUCCCAAACUCCACUCUGGUGGGCAUCGGCAUGACACCAGAGGGCAUCGAGCAGAACCCCGUGAUGUUCGAGUUGAUGAGCGAGCUGGCCUGGCGUAAGGAGCCCGUCAACUUGUACAACUGGGUGUCGCUGUAUGCAGUCCGUCGCUAUGGCAGCUCACGAAGUAACCUCACCACUGCAUGGAGGCUUCUGUUAUCCAGCGUCUACAACUGCACCGUGCCUCAUUACAAGAACCACAACCACAGCCCACUGGUACGCCGGCCGUCCUUCCGCAUGAACACAGACCUUUGGUACGACCCUGCUGACUUGUAUAAAGCCUGGAGGUUGAUGAUAGAGGCAGGUUCAUCUCUCAUCUCUAAGGAGACCUUCCGGUAUGAUCUUGUUGAUGUGACUCGGCAGGUCCUACAAGUCCUUACGACAUCCUAUUACAAAGAUAUCACAGAGGCCUUCCACAACCAGAAGCUGCCAGAGCUGCUGACUGCAGGUGGGGUUCUGGUCUACGAUCUCUUACCUGAGCUGAAUCGAUUACUGAGCAGUGACUCCAACUUUCUGUUGGGGACCUGGCUGGACCGGGCUCGAUCCAUAGCCAUAGAUGACAAGGAGGCAGAGCUGUAUGACAUGAACGCCAGAAACCAGCUCACUCUCUGGGGUCCCAGUGGGGAGAUAAUUGACUACGCCAGCAAAGAGUGGGGAGGCCUUAUGGAGGACUACUACGCCCAGCGGUGGGGGCUGUUUGUUCACACGCUGGUCGAGUGUCUGGACAGCGGACAGCCAUUCAAGCAGGACACCUUCAACCACGCAGUUUUCCAAGUAGAGAAGGGAUUUAUUUAUAACAGCCGGAAAUACCCGACCAAGCCUCAUGGAGACACGUAUGAGAUAGCCCACAGGAUCUUCCUCAAGUACUACCCACAGGCCUUGAAGAGACUAUAGUGAGCGGACUAUGCUCUGUAAAAACUCCUCUCAAGUUGCAGCAAGAAGAAUGUUGUCCUCCACCUUUUUUCCUCCGGUUCUCCAUGGCUAUUCCAAAACAUCUUUUGAUAUAGAAGAUCAUACAGCCUGAGUUUACAGGAACAAUCUGCUUUGCACUUCUAGUGAAGUCAGCGUUAGAUAGUCCUGCAAGGGUUUCAUUUUAUAUUCACAAUGACCAAAUAUUCACUCGUUUCUUAUUAAAAUAGGAGUCAAAUUAAGACUUGGGGCAGUUUACAUCCGAACAAAAUCAUCUGGUAUUCACAACUACGUGCACUCUCCCUCACUUAGUCAACAUGAGGCAGGAUCCGUCCCGUAUUUAAAGUAUUUAGUUUAGUCACUGUGUUUCACAUGCUUAGAAAGACAAUGAGUUUCAUGAGACACAGCUUAGAGGUGUUAAAUCAGGCAACACAGACAGGUAUAAGGUCUGCAACUGUUUACAAAAAGACUCGUCCUGUCAGUCUAAGCCGGUGAACACUGACCGAUACACCAGUGAAGACUGAAGACACGCAGCCAAGACCACCUCCAGAUUGUUUCUCAGUCCAUCAUGGGUACAUUAACGACUUUUCUAUGAGCUGUCCACUUUGUAAAAUAGGGUCUGACUUCCUCAUAAUUCUACAGUUUCAAUGCAUUUGAGUGUAAAAUGUUAAAAACAAAAUCUGAUGGUUUGCAAAUCAACUGAGAAUAGUGCUAAGACAACAUUUAUUAUGUUCUGAAAUAGAUGCUCAUUUUGAAUUUGUCAUGCUAAAAUUUAAAAAAAGCACCUGUAGGAACUUCUCUGUACGAACUACAUUACUCUGAAACAGGUUGGAAACAUGACUGUGUAUAAAACAGGCACCUUGAGUCUCUUGCUGCAGGCUCUUAUGUAUCCUCUUACCAUCAAUGAUGCUGGAUAUCGAACUGGGACCAGAUAACACUCUGGGUGGUCCCUCUCCUCUUUAGAGCAGAAGAAGCAGCGUCCAUGUUUUCCAAAAAGAAUGUCAAAUUCCAUUUGUUGGACCACAGGACAGUUUUCCACUUCCUCUCAGUCCAUCUUAAACGGGCUCAGGUCCAGAGAAGUCUCUGUGUUUCUGGAUCAUAUGGUUUCCUCUCAUCAUGGUUCAGUUUGAACCUGCAUUUGCGGGUGCACAAUGAACUCCCUAGACAAGAGUUUUUGGACACUUCCAAGUGUAUCCCAUGUAGUGGAAAUCCCUUAUCACUAUUUUGAGUCCAUUCAGUGAUUUCCACUACAGAGUCAGGUCUGUUUUUAAUGCAGUGCUCCCUGAGGGCCUGGAGAUCAGGUCCACCCAGUCCUGGUUUUGGUCCUUGCCCUUUUAGUAAAGAGGUAUCUUCAGAAUUUCUGAAUCUUGUAAUGAUAUUGUGUUCUGUAGAUGAUGAAAUCUACUCUUUCUUAUCUUUUUACUCUGAGGAACAUUGUUCUGAAACUGUUGAACUACUGCUCACACAGUCUCUCACAGAGUGAUGAACCUGUUCCCAUCUUUCCCUCUGAGAGACGCAGCCUCUCUGGAGUGUCAUUUUUAAACCCAGCCAUGUGACUAACCUGUUGAUCAUUAACCUCAUUAGUCGGGAGAAACUCUUCCAGGUGCUUUUUUGCAAAACAAAAAUUCAGCGAUUUGUUAGUUUUGAGGUCUUCACACUAUUUUCAAUUACAUAUGGGGUUUAAAUAAUUUGCAAACCAUCAAAAUCUGUUUGUACCAACAUUUAGGAUUCACCAAGAAUCACAAUCCAAGAGUCCAGAUGAGAAGAUUGAUAUGAGUCGUGUGUGUUAGGACUGAUCAGAAACAAGGAUGUGGUUAGCCUAGCUUAGAAGUAAAACGGGAAGCAACGGGAAUCAGUUCCCUCCGUCCACAUUAAAAACAUGUCUAAAGCUGUGUUGCUCUUUAAUGCACAACAGAAAAUCUAGAGUAGCUGUUUUUCAGGGGGAAGCAUGUUCAGGAGCCUUGUCUUCCCAGAAGGCCAACCAAAGUCUGUGGUCUAGCCUUUUGAAAUCUUUAUUUUGUCUUUUUUUUUUUUUUGCUGGAAGUGCCAGUAUAUGUGCCAGUGGAGUUUGAUUGUAGCGAGAGGCAAAGUUAUGGGGAUAGGGGGGCAGAGUUAUGUCUAAGGGGGACAAGGCCAGAUUAAAACAGCACUCAGUUCUGCACUGCUAGCAAAGCAUGGCCAACUUUGUGAAAGGGCUGCCAGUUAAAUGUAAGGUUGACAAUGACCGUCCUAACCACCGAAACAAAAACAAGAAAUCAUGAUGACUCAGAUCUCACGCUCAGCUUCAACUCCAUCAACGCUGAGCCGCCCACACAGGAGAAGUUAACCAGUUCCUCCUGUCACUUUACGCUGCUUCUGUUAUAUAAGAGGCCGGUAAAAUGCGAAUGGUGUUUCAAUGUAGUUCUUUCGAUACAGGACUUUGUUAGCAGAGGAUGUUCUGAGAGUGUGUUUUGAUAAUCAUGGUUAACCACAUCCUGACACCAAACACGAAACUGACAUCAAUCUGAACACCUUACUCUGGUAACGAGCAAACAACGAUCACUAACAUGAAAACUAUCACAGUAUCCCAGCAGACUUCUUUUUCUAUGCAAAGAAGAAUCUGAAAGGGUUUAUCCUAAAUAUCAAAAUAUAACUACCAAGCAGUCUGGAUAUCUUUGGUCUUUUAAAGCAGUUUUCUUCUCAAGUUAAAUUUUAAAAGCUGACACAGUUUAUAAGAUUUGUUGAUCUCACAGCAACGUUUUAUGAAAGUUUUAUGGAUGAUGAUUUGUUCCUCUGACAGGCCGGCUCUCGGUGCACCCCAGAAGAAAACUUGCUGUCCUCUGAUGGUUCUUCAGUCAUACAGUCUAUUUUUAUAUGGUUUCAUAAAGGCGUUGAUCUGAGUCAGUUCACAGGUAAAACAAUUGAUUAUAAAACAGUGCUUUUGUUUUGGACGACCACAGGAUUUUAGAUCCAAUUUGAAAGGACAGUAUUGUACGUGUUCCCUCUCACAUAUUGCACAGAGGGAGACGAUUUUUUUAACAUUUCAACACUCUUCUGAAAUGAUGUUUUAAUUUUCAUUACGCAGAAAAAUCUGUCUCAUAUUAUUCCUCCUUAUGCCCGACCUCUAUCCAGACAGUUUGUCUCAACUUCCAACAUCACAACUUUACUUUUCUUUUCAUUUAUCCUCCUCUUUUUCACAUUAUAUAUAUAUAUUUUAUCGUUAGCCUGUCCCUUAUAAUCUCGGGUAGAUUACUGAAGCUUAAAUGAUGUUUUUCUUUUCAGAACUAGUUCUAGGUAUUUAGCCAGGAUUACUAUGAUCAGUUAUUAUUGUGUUUUAGCAGUCACUACCUGAAAACAGAUCACAUUCACUAUGUGCCUACCGACACUACAUGCUCCACAAAUGUUGGUAAUCUUAUAUUGUUGAAAUGUUUUUUGUAUUUUGUUAAACUGUGGUUCUUAAUCUCAGGCAUGUCAUAAAAGUCUUAAGGCUGUGUGACUAAUACAAUGAUUUCAUUCUUCUGUGUCGUGUCUGUGCUCCGUGUUUGAUUUGUGCUGUUCACACAUGAAAUGUUCAUUAAACAGAAUUUGAUGGUUUCAAA